GUGUCCUCAUUAGCGGGUCCCACACUCUCAUUCUACACCAUUCACUCGCUUAACCACGUGAUGUCACGUGCACUCUCCCACUCUUCUGUUUUCUCUUCUCCUCUUUCUCGAAACUGAAAGCUUCUUCUUCUUCUUCUUCAUGUUCUCUUUCUGUUGUGUUUUCCGGCGAUGUGUGAGCUAGUUCGAUGCAUGGUGUUUGAUUCUGGUUUCGGAUUUUUUGAAUUUUUUGCUCGCUUUGUAAGAUAUGUUUGAUUGGAACGACGAAGAGCUUACUAAUAUAAUAUGGGAUGAGGGUGACGACCAUAUUGUGCCUUUUCCGGAAGAAAGUGAAGAUCUUAGCAACAAGAAAGAAUUGAAUGAGGAAGCUGCUGUGACUAAGCUUACUGAAUUGAAGAAAGCAGAGGCUAAAACUGAUUUUCAUGGAAUAAAGCUAGGAAGCAGUUGCAACCAUGAUAAUAGUGGAGGACUCCCUACCUCAGGAGUUGGAAAAAACACAUGGCCUGACUUGUCUUUAUCCAGUGCAGUUAAAAUUGAUCACGGUUCUCUGGGUACUGAAGUGUAUAAAAAUUUAGGUGAACUUAGCAAAUUUAGUUCAUCAAGAGGUGAAGGGAAUACACAACAUGAAAAGGAAGCUGACAUUUUCCAAAAUGCUGAUGAAGGUAAAGAACAAGGUGAUUUUGUUGAUUAUGGCUGGGCUAACAUAGGAAGUUUUGAUGACCUUGAUAGAGUUUUCAGCAAUGAUGACCCUAUAUUUGGUUAUGCAAGUCUUGAUAAUUCUGAUGAGCUUUGGUCCUCUAAAGAUGUGAAUAAAAAUCUAGUACCCAUACCCUUGGACGCACCAAGUCCAGCAGGUGCUUUAAGGAAUAGAUCUAAGCCUUUGGAAAUCAAAGAAGAAGAUGCUCAAUGUAAUGAUCAACCAUUUUCCCUCAGCUAUGAAAAGACGGGUGAUCCUGCAUCUCAGGUCACAGAAAGUUCACACACAAUUGCAGCUAAUAUGGGAUGUUCUGGAGAUAGAACUAAUCCUAGUGGAAAAGGGCUACAGGCUUUUAGGCAAAAGAAUCAGUUCAAAUCUCGGAAGAAGUCACUGGUAAAACAAGAGGGAAAAGCUUUGCAGGAUUUUUAUGGAAAUUGGUCUUCUUCAGCAACACCGGCAAGACAGUUUGAGAAUCAAUUGGCAUCUUCUGCCUUACAAUCUUCUCAGUCUUCAAUUCCUGGGCAACCGAAGCAACUCCAAAUACCUGAAACAUUAUAUCAAAAUAUCAUAAAUCCAUAUGCAACAUCCUCUGUGUAUAGAGACGUUAACACAUAUCCUGAUAUGCCAAUGCUAUCUCAUAUUCACUCUGGAGACGUUGGGUGUCAGCCUGUGCAUUCUGGGUAUGAAGUAUCCCCCUGUAUGGUGAAUCCUUUGAUGAACUCUGUGGACUCAGUGAAGCCUCAAACCAUGACUCCUCAGGAGAAAAUUGAAAAGUUGAGGAGGCGGCAGCAAAUCCAGGCAAUGCUUGCUAUUCAGAAACAACAGCAAGAGUUAAGCCACCAAGUUCCUAGCACUAGUAAAUCCAUCAGCAAAAAAUGUCCUGCAGAAAUUCAAAGUCAUCUUUGUGAUGGGACUGAUCCUGAAUUUGAUGAUCUAAGAACUCUUUCUGCUCUAGAUCUGCCAAUUGAGCAAGAUGAUUCAAAUACAAUAUCUCUGGCCAUUGAUAAUGAUUUUGUUGAAGAGACUGUGCUAAACAGGCUUCAGGAUAUUAUAUCAAAGUUAGACAUCAGAAUAAGACUCUGUAUCAGAGAUAGCUUAUUCCGGUUGGCACAAAGUGCAAUCCAAAGGCAUUAUGCUAGUGACACAAGCAGUGCAAACAAGGGUAGCAAAGAACUUGAAGUCAUUACAGGAGUAGAAAGAAAUAGCCAAAGCAGACAUGCCAGGAAGCCUGAUGUCGAAACAGAGACGAAUCCCAUUGAUCGAACGGUGGCUCACUUGCUUUUUCAUAGGCCUAUAGAUUUCACCGGAAAUUAUUCUGACAAACUGGAGUCACCUAGUUCUACUAAGGUGCAGUGUGAAAGCAAAGCAGCUAACCUGGUGAACUUCCCCGAGACAUGCUUACCAGAGGAGGACAUGAAAAGUAAUCGACAAUUUCCCCACCUUGGGUUAAAGAAUUCAUGGCCAUCAUUUGAGGCUCAGCCUAUGGAUGAAACCAACAACAGUCCCUGCAGAGACACUUCAGUGAAUGCAUCUAAUGCACAGGAGCUGGAAGCCUCUCAAUGAAGAAAGAGGUUGUACAGAGGUCGUCCGGAUCAUAAACAAGCGCGAGUAUCACAGUAGAAUCAUGAGCACCAGUUUAAUUCACGCAUGUCAUCAGUAAAGAGCUUCCUUAAAACUUGCCCGUAUAUGUAUCUUAGUACCUAAUAAUACAUAAGGUUGUGAGUGCUAAGUUGUUUAUAUUUUAAUUAUAACUGCACCAAACUUGUGUACCAAAGCCACUCAGACAAGAUCAGGCUUUGAAGUUGGUGUCGUAUUUCUAUACGUACGAGUAUAUGUACGAGUACGACUUGCCAUACUUGCCCCUUACCAUUGAUCAAUCUUUUGUGUGCCACUAUGAAUUUCAGAAUAAGGCAAAAAUUGUGAUUUUGGAUUUCUA